AUGAUUCUAUUAAUUCUUUUAAUUAUUGUAAAAAAUAUAAAUGCAGAUUGGGAUGAUAUCAAUUGGACACAAAUUGAAGUGAAUGAAGACAAAUCGAUUGAAUUACUAUUAAAUGAAAAGUCAAGUGAUUAUUGUACUAAAACAGAGGGAAUAGGAAGAUAUUUAAAUAUUAGUACGAAAUAUAACAAUAUUAAAAUUAGUAUAAGUUAUUCAGAAUCAUCAUUUAUUCAUGUUUUUGAAGAAAGAGGAGACACUCAUAUUUGUUAUGAACAAAAAUAUUCAGAAAAAGGAAUUAUUAAAGGAAUAAUUAUUAAUACUAAGAAAGGAUAUGGAUAUGUGAGAAUAGGAACUGAACAAAGUAAUAAAACAAAAGAAGAACGUAUGAAAAUUAAUAUAAUGGAAUAUAGUUAUUUUAAUGAAAUAGUAUUUAUAACGUUAUUAUAUAGUAUUGCACUUCUAUUAUUAUUAAUUGUUACAUUUAUUUUAAUUGGAUUUUAUUUCUAUUCUAAUAGAAAAUUUAAAAGAAAUCAAGACUGUCAACAACUUGAAGAACAAACUGUUGUUUAUCAACAUUCUUCUUUAGAAAAUUCAGAAGGAAUAAAUUCUACUAUUUAA